CCUUCCAAAAAUUAGGAGCUGGAGUAAACACUUGUGCUGCUCCUUCCGGGGAAGGUGUUUUGCCUGCUCAGCCUCUGACAGGAGCACAAACUCGCGGUGCUACGGACUGAUUCAUGCUCCCACUCCGCAGCACGACGUACUUUGGGUUUUGCUGUUGCAUAGUAGGCAGAGGCUAUUUUUAACCGGAGCAAGGUUAUGAAACCUUAGACCCAGCUGGGUGAAAAUAAUCUGGUCUGAACUGGAAAGCACGGCUUUGUGUGGCUGGGAACACGCGUGGGACUGUCCCCUGGAGGCUCCUGGUGGGAUGAUCCCGCUCCCCUCGGCUCCAGCCAGCCCCGAAAUUGGGAAGUGCUGUCAUCGGGAGGCUGUCACGGCGGCACGGGGGAAACCACUUAAUUAUAUGACAAAAACGGCGUCACCAUGAGCGGAGUAUUGAAAAGGAAGUAUGAAGAGCUGGGAGAUGACAGCACCUACUGCUCCUCCUCCUCCUGCUCCCCCCUGUCCUCCUCAGCAUCCUCAGGCUGGGACACCGAUGAGGAGAAUUCCCGUGGAGAGCCCAAGCCCAGCUCUGCCUUAAUGUCCAGCUUCACCCCCACGUCAAUCCUGAAGAAAUCCAAGCGACUAAAGAAGAACAAUGUGGAGUUUGACCGGGUCACUGUGUUUUACUUCCCACGCUGCCAGGGCUUCACGAGCGUGCCCAGCCGUGGGGGCUGUACCCUGGGCAUGGUCAGCAAGCACAGCUCCUCCCGCCAGUUCACGCUGGCAGAGUUUUCAAAGGAGCAGGAGAACGUCCGUCGGGGCAAGCUCGAAGAGAAAUUAAAAGAGGAGAAGUUGGAAGCGUUGAAAUGGAAACUGACCAUGAACGGCACCAAGGAGUCGGAGGAGGCCAACCAGCUCACCAUCGAGGACAUCUCCGACGACGACAUCGACGUCAGCAACGUGGACCUGGAGGAUGGCUUCUUCCUGCAGCCCUACCCCGCCAAGAAGAGACGGGCGCUGCUGAAGGCCGUGGGCGUGAAGAAGAUCGACAAGGAGGAGAAGCGGGAGCUGCACAACAUCCGCCUGUCCCGGGAGGACUGCGGCUGCGACUGCCGCGAGGUCUGCGACCCCGAGACCUGCAGCUGCAGCUUGGCAGGCAUUAAAUGUCAGAUGGAUCACACCUCCUUCCCCUGCGGCUGCACCAAGGACGGCUGCGGCAACACCGAGGGCAGGAUCGAGUUCAACCAGGCCCGCGUGCAGACGCAUUUCAUCCACACCAUCAUGAAGCUGGAGCUGGAGAAGCAGCAGCAGCAGAGCAGCGAGAAGGUGGCGGAGGCCGAGCCCCCAUUCCGGGAGCGGCUCCCUGCGCUGGGAUGCGCGGCAGGGAAGGGCUCGCUGGAGGAGCGCGCGGUGCCGCUGGCGCCUGCCUUCCAGUUCAGCCCCGACCUGGAGGCCCUGGGGGAGAACAGCUGCAGCAGUGACAUGACAGACUCCUCCAUCUCCUCCCACCCCAGCGAGGACCUGGAGGAGCCCUACGAGAGCCUCCCCUCCGACAAGUCCCAGUCGGACGUGGACGACGACGGCUUGGCGCGCAUCCUCCACUUCAACGACUCGGACGCCGAGGAGGAGAGCAGGCGUGGCCAGGAUGACCUCGGCUGCUUCCAUCCCACCGACUUCUUCAUCGAGGACCACGGCAGCGAGGCCAAGCCCGUCCCUGGCCACUUGUCCCACCUGUCGGAGUGCCUGGAUGAGAAUGCCAACCAGGACAGCGGGGGUUUGCUGGAGGAUGCAGCCCACGGGAGGUGCGAUGGGCUGUCCUGCUGCGCCCCCUCCUCCACUGAGCCCUGCUCCAAGAGCUACGCCGACCUCAGCCUUUCCUCUGAUUCCUUGGAUUUCUUCCAGUCCUUCUCGGACUAUAACUUGGGACCCCUUUACAACUCCUUAAAGGAGUAUGAGAACCUGGAUAACUUCUCAGCGUUACAGUUUCAGUUGCCUAAUUUCCCUGGCUUCCCGCAAGCCGGAGAUCAGGGCUCCUGUUUCUUGGAGUCCCUCAUUGGUUUGUCUGAAUCCGUCCCUGAAACCCCAGCCCCUUUCACAGACAAUCAACUUUUGGAGGAUGCCAUCAAGUCAUCACUGAUGGAGACAGUGAAGGUGUGAAACACUGAUGUGGCUCAGGCAAGGACUGAUGCCAAAAGGAAAACGGAGGAACAGUUGGACAGGCAAACUUUCACUGAAAGGAUGGUGUGCUACUCAAAUCUAAGGAGGAAAAAACAGCAACAGCAGAAGACUUUCUAAGCAAAUUAACUAUUUUUGGUCUUUAUACAACAUGGACGUUUUGACAUACUGCAGCUACAAUCAGUUCUCUUGCUGUUUGUGAAAAAAUUUCUAAACUUUCAUGAUGGGGUGGGGAAGGGAGGGAGGGAGAAAGACUUUCACAUGAGAAUUUCCUUCUGUUUUGUACGAAAAGACCCGUUGAGAAAAACUCCUCACUAACGUUGCCAGUCGUCCAUACAGCCCCUUCUAGAAACGUUUCAGUGUUGCAGGAACUUUUUAAGGCAACUUUUUGAUGCUGUAUUUAUUGUGAAAAUUUGUGGUUUGCGUAAGAGUUGGCCCAACACACUCUUACGUUUAAAUCUGACGAGGUUUACAGAAGAGAUCCAUACACUAUAUACAUAAUCAUUCUUCAUCUAUUUAUUGCAAAUUCCAGAAUUUAACUAGCCACUGAAGCUUGAACUAGCAUGAAACCUUAUUUAAAUUGGUAAUACCUCAGAUGUAUUAUGUGUACAAUCAUAUUUUUUUGCAUAAUAUAUCUGUAUUUAUUUAUUUUCUACCUGUAGUACGUGAAUAGCACUGUGGUUUGUCGAUGACCUGGAAGGGCAAUAAGGUCUUCAAGAGGAAGAUGACCCUGGUUUUCUGAGUCUGAACGAUGUUGGCUGUUUGGUCUUCACUUCACAUUUCUAAAAACACUGAACAGAAGUGGUGUGGGAGGGGAGGGACAAGGGAAGAGUUUGUGCAACAUCCCUUGGUUUCUCCCAGCCUUGUCAUAGACAUGAGAAUGUUGGUCUCCAUAAUGUCUCCAUAAUGUCACUGUGGAGAGCAAAGCAAGCAAAACCUUCAACUAUUUAAGGAGUAACAUUAAUACUAGCCCGAAACAAAACCCAACCCCUUUUUGUAAAUUAUUUUAUAAUUUAUUUAAUUUCCUAGGGAUUUGGCCAUGAGAUCUUUCCCCAUCAGUUAUGGUGCCUGAAUAUGCAGAGGAACUGUCAGCAGCGGUGGGGAGGUGGAACCAAAAGGACCUUGGCAGCCCUCAUGGGGGGCUUUGGGAGAGCAAAGCCAAAACAGCAGCAGUGCUCAAGCUCCUCAGCAAGUGCUCCUUAGGACUCCCCAGCACCGAGGAUGUCGCAGCUCCAAAAUCCAGUGGGUCACGCUGAUUGUACUAUAUUUUUAUAGAGGCGAAUCAAGUAAUUCAAGCAAAACAGAUGGAUAUGAAAUUUUUUGGGUUAUUUGUCCUGUGAGUAGAGUUUUUGAAGACCUGAAGACCAAGCUGGAAAACGGAAGGCUUUUGGUUUUUAAAAUGAGAGAAACCUUUGUGUUUAGGAAGGAUGCUGGAGGCUGCCUUGGCCUUUUGUUAUUUAAGUCAGUCUGAGAGCAUGACACUGGCCAUGAGAUGUAACUGGACAAAAAAAAUCUGUGCAUCAGUGAUACACUAAGUGCCUACACCAGUGGUAUGGAAAAAGCAAAAUGGAUUUAAAACCUACUGGCUUUAAAUUCCCCCUUGGAAAAUUUGGUGAUGGGAGUGAUUCCUGGCAUUACCAGCACAGGAGGAGGAGACAGUUCUGGUGUCCCCAGCUCUGCUGCCCUGGGAGCAGCUGGAGGGAACUUCUGGGGGUGCAGAGACACACAGACAAGGGAACCAACCCCGACACACGGAUUUGAGGAUUUUUCCAUUGGCUGAACUGUUUCUAUCCCUGGCCACAGGGAUGGUGCUCUUGGAUACCUGCUCUUCGACAGGUGCCUCGCUGCAAACCUGCCGGCAAUUUAGGAAACUUCUGGCGUACGAAACGUGGGUUGCUUGGGGUUUUUUUUAAAAAAAUCCUUAUUAUUGCUAUUUAAUUGUACAUCUUCUCUGGUAUUGAGCCGGUCAACUUGGAAGGGGAGCUAACCCCCAUGGCCACGAUCGGGUCCUGAGCCCGCGCUCGCCGCCACUUCCUCCUGCAAGGCGACUGUAGGAAUACUACUGGCAGAUGGAGGAUUUCCUGGAUAUAUCUAUUAUUAUUAUAAUUAUUAUUAUUGUUAUUAUUAUUAUAAUUAUUAUUAUUUUUAUUAUUAUUUUUCAUUGUCGUCAUUGGUUCUUUAGACUGAAAAAUCCCCUUUCCGGUUAUCUCCUAGGUGGUAGUUCCUUCAGUUCCUUCAGACUGCAUCCAAAAUACUGACAGUUGAAAGUC